AUGCCAGAGCACCAGCGCUGCCCCUAUUCCGCUACCGUUCCGGGCUGUUGCUGUGGCAGCCCAGAGAAACACCCGCAGCGCGCCGCGGGACCGUGCAUUCCGAUUGGCCAGACAAGUCCGCCCCGGGGUGGAGGCCACAGGCCCACAGACGCUGCGCGCAGCGGCGUGUUCCCAAAGGGGAAGGCAGCUGGAAUCUGCCCAGAGGGUGGGGCCGCUCUGUUCCGACCCGCCUCUUUUGCCGUUUUGGGAUACCGCCCGCAUGCCUUCCGUGGGGCCCUCGAGGACUCGUGGAAGGUAGGCAACUCUGGGUUGCGGUUGGUGCUACUGCGCUGCGGGAGGCUGUCUUUGCUUGUGCGUGGUAGUGUGUCCCCCGGUGCAGCAGCUGGUGGCGGGAAGCCUGCCCGCGUGUGCCAACUGUUAAGAAUAUAUAUACGUGCAGGAGACCGGCCGGAGGACCGAAGUUGUCUCGCUUUCUUGCUUUACUUGCUUUGCUUGCUUUGCUGGUUGGAUCUUCAGUACCAACUGCAGGAAUUGGUAGAUUUGGGCAGUGCGAAGGUACAAGAACGAGAGUCGUUUGUACGGUUCGUUUUUUCAGCUUAUUUAGCAUCCAUUGCUCAGUGUUAG